GUACGCCAACGCCAACCUUAGAGCGGGAUAGGGGGGGAAAAGAAUCCGUUCCGAUUCCUCGACCCACCAUCGAAACGAUCUCUUUGCGGGCCAUUUCAAGAAUUCUUCUUCCAUGGAUCGAAGGGAAUUUAGAAUGGGAUAUUAUAGUAUUCUCUGAUUAUCACAGGGCUCCAGAGAACACAUUUUAUAAAGAAAAUGAGUGAUGACAGCAUGCCUGAUGAAUCAGAUGUGGCAUAAAUGGACACAGAAGUGUACACACAUAUUCUUCAAAUAUCUUCUGCUGCAAGGGGCCAAUAGUGAAACUUCUCAUGUUAGACCCAGGAGCUGCACAUCGUCCAACUAUUAUUUACAGGCCCAUACAACCUUCUGAUUUUGAAGUUCUUGAGCAGAUCCAUGCUGCUUUAUUUCCUAUAAGGUAUGAGAGAGAAUUCUUCCUCGAUGUGGUCAAUGGCCAUGGAAUUGUCUCUUGGGCUGCUGUUGACAUUAGCAGGCUUGAUGGUCAAAAUGAUGAACUAAUUGGAUUUGUCACUACACGUAUUAUCCCAGUAACAGAAAGCGAGAUUGAGGAUUUGCUCAGAUACGAUCCUUCAAGAAAAAAUCAAAUACUAGUCUAUAUCUUGACACUUGGUGUGGUAGAGCAUUAUAGAAACCUUGGCAUAGCUACUUCACUGGUUCGGGAGGUAAUUAAAUAUGCUUCAAGCAUGCCUAGCUGCAGAGCAGUAUAUUUGCAUGUUAUUGCUUACAACCAGCCAGCCAUCAGUUUCUAUAAGAAGAUGCUAUUUAGGCUUGUAAGAAGAUUGCCAAGUUUUUACUACAUUCAGGGCCAGCAUUAUGAUUCAUACUUGUUUGUGUUCUAUCUAAAUGGUGGCCGGUCUCCCUGCUCUCCACUAGAAAUUAUGGCAGCAGUGGCAACUUACUUUAGGGGCCUCUUUAGAAUGCUUUCUGCCAAACUGAGGAAUGGGGAGAAGAGUCUCCCAAGAUGGUCCAAAUAUAAAGAAACAAGCACUCUUUUAGUUACUCAAAAUAAGAGGAUCCUUGGUGCAGAGAAUGCUAUACAUCAGUCUGGUUAACCAGCCUCAGGUCAAGAUUACAAUUUAUUUGGGCAUCGACAAGCUUGCAAGUUAGCUUUUCCAUUGAUUAUCACUGUUGCACCUUUUCUUUCUGUUGCAGCGAUCAAUCAACAUCUGUAAUCAUAUAAGUGUAACAUCAUCUAUCCUCUUAUUGUAAAAUAAACUGUCUUAUCAAGGCAAAUUUGGUUAACUAAUCUCAGUAUCUCUUCAGCAAGUUUCUUUUCUGCA